AUGAAGUUCGUGGUGGUUCUAGUGGGAGCGGGCACUCUGGCCUUCCUCGGUGCAGCCAUCUGCAUCAUCGCCAGCGUUUAUCCCCGAAAACGCGCCGCGCCUCUCAGCGACAACGGCACCCUGGCAUCGGAGACGCUGCUGGAGCCUCUGGAGCCGGGAUCGGUGGCUCACGCCGGACCGCUCGGCGCCCUGCACGGCUCCGAGUCGUACGAUGGAGGGAACGGGCUCGGCGGCAUCGGCCUGGAGGUCCCCACUCUGAACGAGCUCAACCUCGGCGAGGAGACCGGGGGAGGCUCGGCGAAACAGUUCAGCUUCAGCCGACUCAUCUGCACUCCUGUCCCGGUCGGAGAAUGUAAGACCAAAGACCUGAGGCAGCGGCGGCAGCAGCAGCAGCAGCAGCAGCAGCAGGCGGACGAGCCGCUGUACGGAACCGGGGACGAAGACCUCCGGACCACCGCGGAGGAGCUCCGGCAGAUGGUCUUGCAGCAGAACGAUCAGAUCCUCAUGGACCAGAGGACCAUCCGGGAGCUGACCGGGAAGCUAAGCGAGUGUGAGAGCGGCCUGGAGGACGAGAGGAGCGUCCCGGAGCGGAGCAUCGGAGUCUGGAGCGGCAACCGACGCGUCAUGGCCGGGGACGAUGUGAGCUCCUCCGCCGCGGCGCAGCUGCAGACAGCUCGGGCUGUGGAGGAGCUGGCCCGGGCCAUCAUGGACCUGAAGGACCGCAUUGAGAAACUUGAGGCAGAGAUCGGUCCCGCCGCCUUGAACCUCACUGACACGUCCGUGGGUGGAACCAGCAGCAGCGGCAGCAGCAGCACCAGCAGCAGCAGCAGCAACAGCGGUGGUGUCGGCAGCAGCAGCAGCAGCCCUACUGUUAACACCGGCAAAGCUCCAGCCCCACCCACCGGCAGUGCUUCCUCCCCACCAGCAGGAGCUGCCCCGGGGAGCCGCCGUCCCGCUUCCCCAGCCUCCCCUGCCCCCAGGCCUCCCGCUAAGGGUGCCCCUGGGCGUGGAAAGGGCACCUGGAGGGUGGAGGACCUGGAGGGCGAGCUGGAAAGAAAAAUAAAGAUGCUGGAAAAAGAGCGGCUAGCCAUGAGGAAGGAGACACACGGCCAGCACGAGAAGAUCAACCAGGGCAUCGACACUGUCAACCACCGCGUCACUGAGCUGGAACACACGCUGACAGAACCGUCGUUCCCCGAUGGCUUCGUCCUCUCCUUCCCCAUGCGCACCAACUACAUGUACGGCCUGGUCAGGAAAGAGAUAACCGAGAUGUACGCCUUCACUGCCUGCGUAUGGCUCAAGGCCAAAGAAGGAGGCAUCGGGACCCCCUUCUCCUACUCCGUGCCGGGUCAGCCCAACGAGCUGGUGCUGCUACAGGGAGUCCACAACCCCGUGGAGCUGCUCAUCAACGACAAGGUGGCACAGCUGCCUCUGUCCCUACCGCAGGACGAGUGGCAGCACAUCUGUGUCAGCUGGACCCUGAGGGACGGGGUGUGGAAGGCCUACCAGGGGGGCAAGAUGAAGGGGAGAGGAGAGGGACUGGCUGCCUGGCAUCCCAUCAAACCUGGGGGAGUGCUGAUACUGGGGCAGGAGCAGGAUACUUUGGGCGGGCGUUUCGAUGCCUCCCAGGCUCUGGUCGGCGAGCUCUCCCAGUUUAACCUGUGGGACCGGGUGCUGAAGCCUGCAGAGGUUGCCGCUCUGGCUGAGUGCAGCUCCUCAGCUCUAGGCAACAUCGCCCCAUGGACCGACCACGACGUGGAUGUCUACGGCGGCGCCACCAAGGAGUCCCUGGACCCGUGCCACGCUGCUCAGAGAUCCAGCCCUUCCAACCCCAAACAGUGAAGGGUGACUGGGAGAGGCCGGCCAAAGGGUGGCCUUGUUUGAUAGGUCAAUUUUGGGAGUCGAUUCAGGAGUUUAAAGGCGUAUCAAAUUGGAGUUUCCAGUAUAUUUGCUUGUUGGGGGGUGGGAAGCUUGCCGGUGGACUGAAAGAUGGCGCUAUUAAGUCGUUAAGAGUGGUGUAUCUGUUUUGUUCUUUGUGUUGGUGUCCACGCUCAUGUGUUUACUUCUGCAGUGAGAUACAGUGAGUUUAGUCACAGAAUCACCUUAGAGGAGGCUGCAUGGGGCGAUCUGCUUCUGGCAUGAACAGUUUCAAUGGAGACACUUCGUAAUAGAUUAUCGAUCGGAUCUGGUACCACCUUCUGUUUUUAGGCAAUGGUCUGUUGGGCCAGUUCACCAUACGUGAUUAUUCAGGCUGAGCUCCUCGAUGGGGUUUGAAUACAGUUCUAGAAUGAACCUAUACUGAUGCCAUGUCUAAGGGUUUCGUCGUUUUACAACAAAGUGGCACAAAGUUCUGUCUUUGCUCAUCUUGUGUCCAGUUGGUUGUGUUAAAUGCUACGACUGAUUUCUAAGAUGCUCUUGUGGUAAUGUUGAUUUUUAUCACUCAAUGGGAAACAAAAUGAGUUUUGUUCAUUUUUAACUGUAUAUGAUCCUGUUGAGUAAUGUCUGUGUGCUCUUAAGUUUUCUAUAUUGCAUACCAUGAUUUGGUAAAACAGUGGUCUUAUAAAUGUAUAACGUGUAAUGUACCUCUGCUAAUGUUGCUCUGUACCAGUCUGCUGCCCCCCUGCUGUAGCCUCUCACACACACCUCACGAAGCAAAGUUGCAGCAUUUCGCUUUGCAACGUAGACAAAGCAGCGCUCUCAGCUGACCUCUGAAAUAAACACUUCAUGUCCAACUAAGCACCAAUCAGACACCGAGAUUACGAUGAUAAAACCGUGGUACCCUUGAAUGUAAACCAGAUAAAACAAUUUAAGUGUG